CGUCCGAUGCCAAUGUUCACCACUAAAGUUUAAAGAACUAAUGCAUUAAUCAAACGUCUUAUCUAUGGAGAAUGUUGUCCAAGCUGUGUCUACUUGGUGUCUUCAUGUGUCUGGUCUGUGUGAUGAAUGCAAAGAAAGACAAAAGAUAUUUAGUUCGUGAAAUCUGUAGCUCCAGCAGUUUCCAAUGCGCUGACCAGUCUUGCAUUCCUGGCACCUGGUACUGUGACACUGACCAAGAUUGCCCGGAUGGAUCGGACGAAACAAAAUGUCCGACCGACUGUUCCGGAGAGGAUCAGUUUAAAUGCAACAAUUCUAAGUGUAUAUCUAGUUUCUCCAAAUGUGACGGAGAUAAUGACUGUGGGGACAGUAGUGACGAGCUCAACUGUCCCUGUACCUCCAGCAGCUUCCAUUGCGCUGACAAGUCUUGCAUUCCUGGCACCUGGUACUGUGACACUGACGAAGAUUGCCCGGAUGGAUCGGACGAGGCCAGAUGUCCCACCGACUGUUCCGGAGAGAAUCAGUUUAAAUGCAACAAUGGUAAUUGUAUAACUGGUGUCUUCAAAUGUGACGGAGAUAAUGAUUGUGGUGACAGGAGUGACGAGCUCAACUGUCCUUCUGGAUGAGAAAGACGAAGACAAGAAUCCCCUCUACGGUUUAAAAUAUUUUUAUAUUUAGUUUCAUGUUUGUUAAAUUGUAGCAUAAACGACAUAAAAUCUCGACAGACUUUGU